UUUCACUCCCUCUGUCCCUUCCACACUCAGCCUCAGGUUGUUCGACGUCACGACUCACACUCCAGUCAGUUCGGUCACUCUGUCUCCCUGAACGCGCCUUGCAAAAUGGCCGAACCAUACGGGACGGAGAAGCCCAAGGGCGAAGGGAGUAACCCCCACCGAACUGAGGAGGAGACCUUGUUCGGCGUUUUCCAUCGCAUGGUGUCCGCGAUCUUCUUCCCUGACGACCAGCGCGAGCGUGCUCCGCUGCUGCACCGGAUCAGAGCCUCUGUGGCCGAUAACGCACCCUUCCUUCGUGAAGCUUCUGGAAACACUGGGCGGAAUGUUCUUCUCUGGACUCGGAGGGGCAGUCCUCUCCGUGCCCUCCUCGUCAUUUCUGUUGGGACGAUCACGCUUCUUGCUUUCACAGGAUUGCUUGUCUUUAUGCUUUUCUUUCUGGCUGCAACCGUCAAUGCCAUUGUUAUAUCUCUUUUGGUGUCUUUGGCAGCAGCAGGUGGCUUCUUGGCUUUUUUCUUCACCUGUGUAACAUUUAUAUAUAUUGGAGCAUUAUCAGUAGCUAUCUUUGUUAUUUCCGGUGCUACAAUUUCAGCAAUCAUAGCUGUUCUCAUAGUUACAGGUUGGAUUGGAUUCUUCUGGACUUUGUGGUUAGCAACAAAGAAAAGCGUGAACCUUGCUAAGCACUCACUGACCAUGACUGGUUCCACACUCUCCGCUUACUCUUAUGCUAGUCAUGCUCACCGGCGUCAAGAACCACACAAGAUAUCAGAUUGAAAGUUACCGCAAUUAAUAGAUGUCCAUUUAUAUAUAUGAUCUUGCACGUCUCGUACGUUCAUCACUGUACUUAUUGCACCAUCUUCUUGAGACAUGACUACGGCGAUAAUGUAGUUGCUAAAUAUUGUUGCUUGUGAUCUUCUGUUUGGAAUGUGAUUAAAAUAAUUACCAGUCAAUACCACUAGUGAAAAUGGAAUACUUCACAUUUACUUUCAUUUGUACUGUAUUAUUCUUUGGAGUUUGCAGUAUUACUGUCCAUAUGAAGACAAAAAGUGGUUUCUUGUAUUUAA